AGAUUCUGGACUCUGUCUCUUGACUCUUCUCUUUUCUCUUUCUAUUCUCUAGUGACAGUGACGAGUGUAUAAGUUAGCCAAAGCUUAAACAAACAGAUAGAAAAAUGGCGUAUCAUCAUUUCUGUUCUUCACCUUAUUCUCUUUUCCAUGACUGCCACUCUCUCUCUGCUUCAAUCAAAGCAAGACCUAUAAGAAGCUCCCCUCCUCUAAAGCCGCUUUCCCACUCGUUUCCAUCUAAAACCUCUAUCCAAGUAACCCAUGUCUCCUUGCCAGACGCCAGGACCCAAGAGCCCCAAAACCUUCCCAAACUCUCCAAUUCUCACUACCCAGAUGACAAAACCAAAAGCUAUGUGUGGGUCAAUCCCAGGAGCUCCAGAGCUUCACGGCUCAGGCAAUUGUCUUAUGAUUCCAGGUACACUUCUCUGGUAAAAGUAGCUGAGUCUUUGGAUUCUUGCAAUCCAAAUGAACAAGAUGUUUUAACUGUUUUGACUAGUUUAGGUAACGAUGUUUCAGAACAAGAUGCUGUGGUUGUUCUCAAUAACAUGUCAAACCCUCACACUGCAUUGCUUGCUCUUAACCAUUUCCAAAGGAUAUUAAAGAAACCAUGUCGAGAGGUCAUUCUUUAUAAUGUCACCAUCAAAGUUUUUAGAAAGUCUAAGGAUUUGGAUGGAGCUGAGAAACUGUUCGAUGAAAUGAUUCAAAGAGGGGUUAGGCCUGAUAACGUUACCUUUUCCACUUUGAUUAGUUGUGCUAGAGUAUGUGCUUUGCCCGUUAAGGCUGUUGAGUGGUUUGAGAAAAUGCCUACAUAUGGGUGUGAUCCUGAUGAUGUCACUUACUCUGCCAUGAUUGAUGCCUAUGGCCGGGCUGGAAAUGUUGAUAUGGCCUUCACCUUGUAUGACCGUGCUAGAACAGAGAAAUGGCGUAUUGAUCCUGUUACUUUUUCAACUUUGAUUAAAAUAUAUGGAAUAGCUGGAAAUUAUGAUGGAUGUUUAAAUGUUUAUGAGGAAAUGAAGGCCUUAGGUGCUAAACCUAAUUUAGUUAUAUAUAAUACUUUGUUGGAUGCUAUGGGGAGAGCCAAGAAGCCUUGGCAGGUCAAGACAAUUUACAAAGAGAUGACAGCCAAUAGAUUUUCACCAAAUUGGGCAACCUAUGCUGCACUCUUACGAGCUUAUGGAAAAGCUCGAUAUGGUGAUGAUGCUCUUAAUGUAUAUAAAGAGAUGAAGGAUAAGGGAUUGGAGUUGACUGUUGUUCUCUACAACACCCUUUUGGCCAUGUGUGCCGAUGUUGGAUAUGCAGAUGAAGCUUUUGAAAUUUUUGAAGACAUGAAAAAAUCUGGGACUUGCAAGCCUGACAGUUGGACAUUUUCAUCUUUGAUUACCAUAUAUGCUUGUAGUGGUAAAGUUUCAGAGGCCGAGGGGAUUGUGAAUGAGAUGUUGGAAGCAGGUUUUGAACCCACCAUUUUUGUUUUGACAUCACUUAUCCAAUGCUAUGGGAAAGCCCAGCGUACUGAUGAUGUUGUGAGGACAUUUAAUCGAGUUUUGGAAUUGGGGAUAACUCCAGAUGAUCGGUUUUGUGGUUGUCUUUUGAAUGUGAUGACGCAGACACCUAGAGAAGAACUUCCUAAGCUGACGGAUUGCCUUGAGAAGGCUAAUUCGAAACUAGGUAAUGUGGUAAAACUUUUAGUGGAUGAGCAAAAUGGUGAAGGGAAUUUUAAGAAGGAAGCAUCUGAACUUUUAAAUUAUAUUGGUUCUGAUGUAAAGAGGGCUUACUGUAAUUGUUUAAUUGAUCUAUGUGUUAACCUAGAUCUGUUGGAAAGGGCUUGUGAGCUGCUAGAGCUGGGGCUUUCCCUUGAGAUUUAUGCUGAUAUACAAUCUAGGUCUCAAACCCAGUGGUCCUUGAAUCUAAAGAGUCUGUCUAUUGGAGCAGCUCUGACUGCAUUGCAUGUUUGGAUUAAUGAUUUGACAAAAGUAGUGGAGUCUGGGGAGGAGCUACCCCCAUUGCUUGGAAUCAAUACUGGACAUGGGAAACACAAAUAUUCGGAGAAAGGUUUGGCAACUGUCUUUGAGUCACAUUUGAAGGAACUAAAUGCUCCAUUCCAUGAAGCCCCAGACAAGGUUGGCUGGUUUUUGACAACAAAGGUUGCAGCCAAGUCAUGGUUGGAGUCAAGACACUCACCUGACUUGGUGGUUGCUUAGGUAGUGUGUUCAUCAAGAAGUGUUUGUACCGCGGUCAGUUCUUUUCUUGCACAUGUAAUGUCUAGAAUGUAUUAUUUCUCAAAAUUUUCUUUCCUAUAUUAUUGGUGUUCUCUAAUUUGAUGGUGGAAACUUUUUAGUACCAUGAGACGGUAUAUUUCUGUACCCUGAUGUUUUACAAAGUUAAUGAAAUUAGGAAAUACUAUGGAGUCUUCCAAUGGUUUGGCCACCUAUGUUUAUGGGGAUGAGAUUCCCUCCAUUACUUUGUGCUUAUGAUAUGAUUCUCGAGUAUCUUGAUAAAAUAAGUGCAUAUUUGGGUGUUGAUAAACUAUUGAAUUAGUAGGCGUUAGAGGUAGAUUGGAUGGUCUGUGGAUAAACUGUAUUGCGGAAGCAACGGCACCUUGCCCUGGAUGUUGCUGCACACUUUCUGACUGGUGAUGGAUGAAAGAUGCCUUACCUUACCAAAUGUUAAAAAAAUAUAUAUAGGGUUUAUGCAUCAAAUAAGCAAAACGCUUUAGUUUUGCACAUGAUUAUGAAAGGAAAAUACUAGUAGCGAGUAUCACAUGUUGAUGCUA